AACUUUUUUUUUCUUCCUCUUUCCUUCGUUAAUACUAUCAUACUUUUUCUCUCGCACCUUGUUCUUCUCCGUAAUUCCUCACAACUACAAUGAAGUUUGGCCAUACCCUGCAGACUUCACUCUAUCCUGAAUGGACCUUUUAUUACUUAGCAUACGACGACUUGAAACGAUUUUUGAAACAGAAUUCACGAGGGAAUCAAGAAUGGACAGAGGAACACGAAUCGGAAUUCGUCGAGCGAUUAGAAAAGGAACUCGACAAGGUGUAUAGCUUCCAACGUGUCAAACUGGAAGAAAUCAACCGACGUAUUGAGGCCGAGGCGCGUGAGGUCGAAGAGCUGUGUCGCAAAGAGGCUCCGGAAGAAGACGAGUUUACUGCGUCAGAAAUGGAAUUGGGCCAUAUCAUUGCCGACGUCCAUGACUUGGCCAAGUUUACACGACUCAACUAUACCGGUUUCCUGAAGAUCAUCAAGAAGCAUGAUAAAGUAACCAAAUGGCCGCUCAAGCCCAUGUUUAACGUACGUCUGAAUGCUAAGCCAUUCUACAAGGAGAACUACGAUGCCCUUAUUGUCCGCAUAUCCACAUUGUACGAUCGGGUACGCACACGAGGCAAGGAGCGUCGUGGCGAUGCUGCUGCCGGUGGCAAACAGUCGGCGUUUGUCCGCAACACAACAAAAUAUUGGGUCCAUCCCGACAAUAUCACUGAGCUCAAACUGAUCAUCCUCAAACAUUUACCCGUCCUGGUGUUCAACCCGAACAAGGAGUUCGAGGCCCAGGACUCUGCCAUCACCAGCAUCUACUACGAUAAUGACGACUUUAACUUGUACAUGGGCCGUCUGGAGAAGAGUGAAGGAGCCGAAGCCAUCCGCAUGCGCUGGUAUGGAGGCAUGGAGUCCAACACCAUCUUUGUGGAGCGCAAGACACAUCGCGAAGACUGGACUGGCGAAAAAUCGGUCAAGGCUCGAUUCCCUGUCAAGGAGAAAUACCUGAACGCGUUCUUGAGCGGCGAAUAUACCACCGACGAGCUCUUUGCCAAGAUGCGUGAGCAAGGCAAGCAUUCGGAAAAGGAGAUCGAGGAAAUGGAACAGCUCGCGCAAGAAGUGCAAUACACGGUCUUGACCAAACGACUGCACCCCAUGAUGCGCACAUUCUAUAACCGAACGGCGUUCCAAUUGCCUGGCGAUGCGCGUGUACGUAUUUCUUUGGAUACCGAGCUAUCGUUGAUUCGCGAGGACAACAUGGGCGGUCGUGCACGAUCGGGUAAUAACUGGCGACGCAUGGAUAUUGGUGUGGACUAUCCAUUCAAGCAAUUGCCCGAAGAAGACAUUUGCCGCUUCCCCUAUGCUGUCUUGGAGGUCAAGCUUCAAACCCACGUCGGCCAGGAACCUCCACAGUGGGUCGUCGAACUGGUCAACUCGCAUUUGGUCGAGUCUGUUCCCAAAUUUUCCAAGUUUAUUCAUGGCUGUGCGACCUUGUUGGAGGACAGGAUCAAUGUGUUGCCCUUCUGGCUGCCUCAAAUGGACAUUGAUAUUCGCAAGCCGCGUGUUCGCUCGUUUGGCUUGCUGCGUCCUACAGAAGACACGGCCGGAAGUAGCUCGGCUUCGGGUCAUAGCAAUGAGGAGGAUCAUGUACAAAUCCGUAUGAUCGCCGAAGCCACGACGCAGCCUUCUUCUGGCACAAAUGCUGCUACGGAAGACACGCCGCUACUCCAGCAACAGGGCGGCGAGCCUGAGGACGUCGAGGCGAAGAGAAGAAAGAGUAUCUUGUCACCUGCUGGACUGCGGUACUUGUUCAAGAAGAGCAAGACAACAUUUAAGCGCAACGAUCAGAACAAUAAGAAGAGUGCUUCUGCGCGUGCCGCACGUGUCGCUGCAGCAUCGGCUAAACCACCACCGGUCAAGACGUAUUUCGCAAACGAGCGUACAUUCUUGGCUUGGCUGCAGUUCACACUCUUGUUGGGCGGUCUGGCGAUUGGUUUGCUCAACUUUUCGGACAAGGUGGGCCAGAUUUCGUCAGGUAUCUUCACUGCUUUGUCGUUGGGCGCCAUGAUCUAUGCCUUGUACAAUUAUCACGAACGCGCCGACCGCGUGACACGAAAUGAUACGGGCGAGUUUUCGGACAAAUAUGGUCCGGGUGUCCUCACCGCAUUCGUCGUGUUGGCCAUAUCCAUCAACUUUUACUUACGCUUGACGUUAGACGAUGAUGUCGAGUGGGGAAAGUAGUAUAAUUAGUUUGUAAGCUCCAAAUAAUUCAUGUAUAACUUUGAUUCUCAGUUUUUCUGUAAACCUUCGCUACUUGUUCUUUUCUCCCUCUCCCUCUCCUUUCAUAAAUUCCACGUUGAUGCUCGAUUGCGCAUUAUCUGGUCCUCUGCAUUUAUAUCGGCCACAGCAUUUCGGCAAAGGCAAAUAAACUACAUUUUUUCGUCAC